ACAGCUCAAGGAUCCAGAAAGAAGGAGCUGGGAACUCAAAGGGCACUUUGGAGUCGGGAUUUGACUGAAUACGAGCCGGAAAAUCCCAAGGAUAUGAAAAUGAAAAGAAAAAAUAAACGCGCAUGGAUUUUAAUUCGCAACUCAUGAGUUUGCAGAAAUAAAAGCGCGUAUUGGAGACGCUUAUCAUACGGAUUGGAGAGGUUUAGAGGUUUGAAUUCGGGGUAGCUGAGUGUGCACAUUUCCCGGAGAGGAAAGAGACAGCAGACCGGAUUAUAUGCUGUGUUUGGGGACGUUAUUAACGGCUACGCGCGCCGGAGAGCGCGGCCAACGUCUCCACGAAAGUCCGCGUAAACGGAGGCAACUUUUGACAUGGCUAUUGUUCUGUUUCUGGCACUUUGUAGUCGUUGAUAUAUUACUCCAGGCCUGCAUUUUGAACAAAGACGUGGCAGGAAGAUGGAUUAAGAAACUUUUUCUUUUUUUUUUAUUGUUUGCGGUUUUGGUUCCACGACUUUUUUUUUCUUUAGUAGUUUUUUCUUCAUGAUGGCAACAAAAAUGAGUCUUGUAUUCUGGUGUUACAGUAAGACAAGAUCAAACCCAGAGUGUAUCGACUCUUACUGAACAAAAAAAAAAACAACAACAAAAAAGCUCAUGCACUUUAUUAUUGGUGUUUGUUUUCCUAAAAAUAAAUAAACAGGCAGCAUCAUUGGCGAUGUGGGAACCGCUUGAGUAAAGCGCAGGGUUUGAACCGCUCUCUUUGAUGGAGUUUUACGCUGUCCACAAUGCCUUGGAUGGGAUUUUUACUCCGCAGCUGGAUGGCACACCGGCGGAUCGCUACCGUUUGACCGGGACACCGUUCAGCUUCCAGAUCGCGACCGAGCGACCGGGACGAUCCGGUCUGGACGCGAAGCUUGGAAGGGCAUCUGGAGGCAGAAGCGCACCGCUUUGAGGACUGUGAUUCUUUGUGUGUGUGUGUGUGUGUGUGUGUGUGUGUGUGUGACUGUUAAACCUCGUGUCCCAGCCCUGCAAACGUAAUUUAAGACAGGCAUGCAGCUGAACCGGCCCAGGAGCGCGCUGAUCGGCUUCAGCCCGCCGCCGCCGCCUCCGCCGCCAUCCGACCCGUCCUCCUUCUCCAGCCAGUUCAAGACGAUGCGCUUUUCUUACCACCUCAGCCCGCAGCCCGGAUCCCGCAGAACCGGCCCGUCCACAUCCAGUCCUCGGCUCCUAACUAAGAGUCUGUCUCUGGAGCCAGGCCCGUGUCCAGGAGAACACGAAGCCCCUCAGCGUCUCUGUUCGGACCCUGGGCCCCUGGGACUGCAGCAUUGUAAUGGCACAAGUGAGAACGAGCCUCAAAACCCUCCGCCUUUACCACCUAAAACACGCCCGCCAUUACCCGGACCCAAACCACAAGUGCCCCCGAAGCCACCGCAUCUCCAGCAACAGAGCGGCCGCCGACCCCGGCCCCCGGAUAAACCCCUGCCCCCGCCUCCGUCCCGCCCGCUCCCUGCAGACCCUCGCCAAUCACGGACAGGCCUGCCACGGGCCGAGGGAAGCUCCUCCCCAACGUGCGUGCUGUCACUCAUCGAGAGAUUUGAGAGGGAGCAAAUCAUCAUGGUGCCUGAUAUCACUGGGGGAGUGAUGUGUAUGCCGAAGGUACCCGAACCUCAGCCCGCUACGGAUGCUGCGGAGGCUACAGACGCUACUGACGCUACGGACGAUAUUUUACCCUGCACUUCUUUCAGCGAGCCGACGGAGCGUCCCUCGGGCGAGAAGGACCAGGACAAAGAAGCAGAGCAAGAGCAGGAAAAAGAGCAGGUGGUCAAAGAGGACGGGGAGGUACAUGAGGACAUAGAGGAGGACGAUAACGAGCUGGGAGCGUCCUGCGCGGAAAAGCGACUCUCGACAGAGUCCGGCUACGGCGCCUCUGACAAACUCCUGGACGCAAUGGAGAUAAGAGACCUCGGCCAAUCGGAAAUCCCCCCCGACCGCCUGUCCCUUCCUCCACAGCAAACGGAGGCUAAACUCGCCAAUCGGGACAGCGGCAUCGACAGCAUCAGCUCCCCGUCUCACAGCGAGGAGCUGUGCUUCGCCGGCGACGACAGAGAGGUGUGCAUGUCUCUUCCUCGCCUUUCCUCCUCUUCCUCGUGCGGUUGUGUGGAUGGACCUGCGGGAGAAGGCGCUGUCGCUGCCGCGGAGGAAGGAACGAGGGACUCGGAGGGAGACAGCGAUUUAGAAGAGGGGAGCGGGGACGAGAGCGAAAACGCCAUGGCCAUACAGCCUCAGCCCAAAGCUGAGAGACAGGACUCUGUCGAGCUAUCAGUUCAGCAGCGUGUGUUUAACAUCGCCAACGAGCUCCUCCACACGGAGAAGGCCUACGUAUCCAGGCUACACCUUCUGGACCAGGUGUUCUGCGGGCAGUUGAUGGAGGAGGCGCGAACGCGAGGCUCUUUCCCCUGCGAGGUGGUGAUGGGCGUCUUUUCCAACAUCUGCUCUAUCUACUGCUUCCAUCAACAGUUCCUUCUGCCAGCGCUGGAGAAACGCAUGGAGGAGUGGGAUGUGAACCCUCGGAUCGGGGACAUCCUUCAGAAACUGGCUCCCUUCCUGAAGAUGUACGGCGAAUACGUGAAGAACUUUGACACGGCCAUGGAGUUGGUGAACACCUGGAUGGAGCGCUCGUCGCAGUUUAAAGCCAUCGUUCAUGACAUUCAGAAAGAGGAGAUGUGCGGAAACCUCACCCUACAGCACCACAUGUUAGAGCCAGUACAGCGGAUCCCUCGGUACGAGCUCCUACUGAAGGACUACCUGCACCGGCUGCCUGAGGACGCUGAGGAUUUUAAAGAUGCUCAAAAAUCUCUCGAGCUGAUCGCUACAGCAGCCGAGCAUUCCAACGCGGCCAUUAGGAAAAUGGAGCGCAUGAGGAAGUUGUUGAAGGUGUACGAGCUGCUCGGGGGAGAAGAGGACAUCGUGAACCCGACUAAUGAGCUCAUUAAAGAGGGACAUAUCCUCAAACUGUCAGCCAAAAACGGAACAUCGCAGGACAGAUACCUCAUACUGUUCAACGACAGGCUGCUGUACUGUGUCCCUAAACUCAGACUGAUCGGACAGAAAUUUGGAGUGCGGGCGCGGAUUGACGUAGACGGCAUGGAGCUGAAAGAGACGAGCAGUAUGAACGUGCCGAGGACUUUCCUGGUGUCGGGAAAGCAGCGCUCUCUCGAACUGCAGGCCAGGACUGAGGAAGAAAAGAAAGACUGGAUUCAGGCGAUCCAGGCCACUAUCCAAAGGCAUGAGCAGAGUGUGGAGACGUUCAGGAUGUUGAACUGUUCAGUGCGUGAGGACGACUGCACUCCCCCCAACUCUCCGAACUGCACAGAGCUUGGAAAGCGCGCUCCCACUCCCAUCCGGGAAAAAGAAGUGACACUGUGUAUGAAGUGCCAGGAGCCGUUCAACUCCAUUACCAAGAGACGCCACCACUGCAAGGCAUGCGGCCAUGUGGUAUGCGGAAAAUGUUCAGAAUUCCGUGCCCGGUUGUUGUACGAUAACAAUCGAGCGAAUCGUGUGUGUAUAGACUGUUACACGAUGCUGGUGGGAGUCCCGCCCUCGCCUGCAAGCUUGACCAAUAGUUCUUAUAGAAGACGCUCGAUUCUGGAGAAACAGGCCUCCGUGGCGGCGGAGAACAGUGUCCUCUGCAGCUUCCUGCACCACAUGGAGAAAAGCAGUGGCCGCGGCUGGCAGAAAGCCUGGUUUGUCGUCCCUGAAAACGAACCUCUGGUGCUUUACAUUUACGGUGCUCCACAGGAUGUGAAAGCCCAGCGAAGCAUCCCUCUCAUCGGCUUCGAAGUCUCUCUUCCCGAGUCAUGUGACCGUCUGGAGCGGCGCUACGCCUUCAAAAUGAGCCAGAGUCACCUGACUGUUUACUUCAGCGCCGAGGGUGAGGAGCUCCAACGCCGCUGGAUGGAGGUGCUCUCCAGAGCCGGGAGAGGGGAGGAGCUACAAGUACACGGUCCAAUCUCAGAAGCUCUGGAAGAAGAAGCGGAAGAACCGAGCUCUCUAGGAGAAAGCACAUGAUUGGUUUAUGAAAUCUCUCUCUUUUUAUUGCACACAUAAACUUUACCAAUGUGACGGGAAAGGACGGUUAUCUGCCAUAAACACAGACACACACAGUUAGACGUGCACACACAUACACACACACACACACACACACACACACACACACACCUUCACGACUUUUACACAAACCUGUUCUAAUUCAGACGUAAGUUGCAUGAAAAAUCUACAGCUAUGUUUCUCUGUGUAUUGCCCAUCCUCUGUGAGUGUGAUCGACCUGCACAUGGUGCGUCAACGCUGUGUCAGUAUAGUCACCCUGCUUAAUAUCGUCUCUCCUCCUCUUCCUCCUCCUCCUCUGCCUCUUCCUCCUCAGCUGAAGAGUUCUCUGUUAGAUAGAUCUGAUCUUUUUUUUUUUUUUUUUUUUAAACAAACAAAAACAAAACAACAAACCAUUUCUUUGCUAUGUGACACGACCCAUUUCUUGCCGGGGUUUCAGUGCUUGUGCUUGCAAACUUGUCGUUUUGGGAGAAGGCGAUGUGAUCAGGUGACUGAGUACAAAAAUAAGCCCAUAGUGCGGCGGACAACGAUUCGUCUAGAAGGUUUACAGUUUUACAAAGAGCGAUCCACUGGCACGGGUUUACAGGAAUCAUAGCUAAGACGAAUUGUCUGGAAGGUGUCAAUUUUCUCGUUACUAGUGUACAGGGUGUCCCGUAAAAACGUGACGGAAACUCAAGGGUUUAUUAUUUAUACAGAACAAUCCAUUUGUGAUCGAUACAUAACUUUAUAAAUAGCGUAAAAAAUAGGUACGAUCCUACAACGCUAUGAACUCCUGGGACACCUCGUACACUAAUAUAUAAUAACUAUACAGAGGAUAUAUUACACUUUAUGUGGGUCAGUAUUUUAUUUUGAAAACAACAUGUUUAACUCUCUCAGAGAAUCACAAAAUACAAUUCUAUGUAUCGUGUCUUUGGAAACAGAAAACUUUAAAUAGAAGAGAGUCUUGUAGACAAACAAAGAAAGGAGUAUUGCUGCGAAAUCCAUUGACUUUCGAACCAAUUAGCGAUCGAUCGUUUUCACAGGUCGAUUUUUGUACGUUUUUAUCCAAAUAGUAGCAGCAAAAAUUAUUUAUUUGUCAGGUAUCGAAAUUGAACCAACUCUGAAUAAAAAGAAAAAAAUAGAAAUGUAUAAGAAACCUCCCUUCUUCUUCAUCAUCAUCAUCAUCAUCAUCAUCAUCUUCUUCUUCUUCUUCUUCCCUAUUUUAAUUGAUCUGACCCAUAUGUAGUACAGUAAUAUAUUCUGCCUAAAUACAUUUAUAAUAAUAAUGAUAAUAAUAAUAUAUACAUUUAUAAUAAUACAUGAAUUAAAGAAUAUUAUUAAAUUUAAUGACAAGAUUCAGGAACGUAAACACGUCCAACAUUCCUGACUUCUUCUACAUCCUAUAUUCUUGUAUUCUAACGAUGCAGUAAUACUGAAAUAACACGGAGGACUCGUAUCUCUGCUGAACUCGGUCAGGUUGACAUUUAAUGCUGACUUCGCAUCUGUUUCUCCCAGACAAACCCCCCCUUAGCCAUAAAGUUCUUAAAUAGAGAAAACAGACAGCCUUCAGCAUCAGAUCGGGUCCCUUCUGACACUCUGUGGACAUUUAGUGCACUGCGUCCUUACAAUAUCCGGAUUAAUACAACGUAAAACAACCUCUGCUAAAAUGUCGGAUUAAUAAAACUGUCAGUCAGACGAUAGGGCUCGAAAUCAAAUCCAGUGCUGAUCAAAUUUCUAAUCUAAGCUGAAAAAAAGUGACUAUCGAUACGAUGUCUGUAGAGUAUGCAGUAGUGUUUGAUUAGAUUUCGAUACUGGGAGACUUUGUAGACUGAAAGAAAGAGAGAGAAAGAGUGAGAGAGAGAGAGUGAGUGAGAGAGUGAGUGUGAUGUCACGAAGCGGACGAAUUUUUAAUUAGUGAAAUUUCUCGAGUAUAAUUGUAAACAUGAGUUGUUGUUUUUUUUAAAUAUAUAUAAGAAAACAAAAGGUAUAUAUAUGAAUAAAACGUGACCGAGGUUUUGAUGAUAUUGAAGCAUUUUGAACAGUGUUGUUUUUGUGUAUGGAAAAAAAAUAGUGGUAAAAGAUACAAAAUUUGCGUCUGUAAAUAUAUAAUUUAUUGCUCAGAACCCAGUUUUGUGGGUCAGGUGUUAUCUCCGAGCUCGGUGUCGAAAAUUCAUUACGUGCCAUUUUGGAUCGACAUCAGAGCAUCCUGUGGAGAGUGUGUGACUCGUUUGUUUUUUUUUUUCUUUUUUCUGUUCUCUCUUUUUUUUUUGGCUCAAAAAACAAACAAAAAAAAACUACAAAAAAAAAGAUAUGUCGUGUUUCGAUCUUGUUUCGAAAUCGGGUUCGUCAGCAUGACCGGGUCGACUCGCUCGUGUCGGAUUGCAGUGACUGUUUAUGUUGUCGAUCUUGCUCUCUGUUUGAAAGAAAACGCUUUGCUUGAUGCAGGAUAGUCAGACGCAUUUUAUAAAUCGGUGUCUUUUCAGUGUCGCCUGAUCGGGUCUCAUUGAAAGGCUUAACAAUGAUGUCGAACAAACAAACGAAUAAUAAGGAGUCACAACACGAGCAUUGGACUUUUCCAGACUGUUAAAAUAUUUACUGUAUUUUCUGGACCAGAAGUCAUUCUUAAUUCCACUUAAAUAUGUAACUGUUCUAUUAUAAUUUUGCAUUAAACCUUAAUUUUUUUUACAAAUAAUAAAAAUACAAAUACCAACUGAAACCGACGUAGAAACGAAUCCUAGUCAAAUCGCACGCAAGGCCGUUUAUAACGAGAUAUAUAUAUAUAUAUAUAAUCUUGAGUAUGGAAAUGCAACUCGGACAUGGCGUAACGCUUUCCGUUGGUGCGUGAGGAAAAAUAGUGUGAGAUGUGUGUGUUUUAACAUCUGUCAUGUUUUAUGUACGUAAUAGUUUUGAACGGCUUGACGGUUCAAUGCUAGCGAAGAAACAGUGAGAAUCUAUAAAGCGAUGCUUCCUGAAGAGUGAAAGCUUUUUGGUCCUGUAACUAAUUCUCUGACUGGAAAAUGAUUGCAUUUCAGUGUGGUGUGAGUUCAAUCGAUCUGCAAUCAAUCUGAUUGUUCAAAUCAAGUGGGAAUCUGGAACACAGCGUCGUUUCUCACGGACAGAAGGCUAAACCACUUAAAGAUGACGUGACAGUAAACGUGUAGAGGCGAAGCGACGUAAAAGCAACGCGGUGAAGGUUUCGCUACACACUGUACCGCACUUUCCUCACGUUCAGGAUGAAAAGCAAUACCUCAACACUGUUUGUUACGUUCUAUAGAUAUUUCCUCACAUACAUUCCAUUUUAAAGGUCUGCGUGUGACACUCUGGUAUGACUUACUGUCCAGAAAAUACAGUAACGAUCUUAAAGAACGAGACUCUGCGUUUUCCUUCUCGAACGUGUCUACAGUACGUGUGCGAGUUCAUACUUGAUAUUGAUCAUCUAGUCAUCCUCAGACCUGAGCCUGCCACUCGUUUACUCAUCCCACUCCAGCACAAACAAGGGUUUUCAUCGUCACUUAAACCCUCAUUCUUUCUGCCAUUCCUUCUUCCAUAUAUUUCCUUUUAUUACAUUUUGACUUUUUUGUCGAAGAACAAAAAACAACAAAAAAAACCACACUCUUUUGCCAAAGUAUACUACAGGAGAGAUGUAUUAUUGUGUGUUGUGUUUAACUGUGUUUCUUUUUCUCUGUUUACUCUUUUUUACCACACGUAUUUAUUGUUUUUUUUUUGUUGUUGUUUUUUUAUACUAUCAUCUUUUCCUUGCUAUGAGAGAUGAACAGCAAGAACGAUUGUUUGCGUAGCAGCAGAUUUUACAGGACUACGAAACUUCUCAGAUCAAAUCAAAUCAUCAGUUCAAAUCAUCUGUAAAUCGUGGUGUCAGGAUGCAGAUUAGAUUUUGUAGCCUGCUUCAGAGGAAGACUUUUUUUUUCCACAAAGGCAUUUCAACACAGCUGAACCAACUACACGUUUAACGAGAAGGUGUGAGAAAAUCUCACGUUUGUCUGCUUUGGAAACGAGCAAUUCUUUCCAAAAUGAUGUCGGUGUGAUGCGGCUUUGCUGUGCUUAAGUUUCCUUAAAGAACUCAGUGUAGGCAAAGUGCAAAGGAAGCGGUGUACAGUAUGAAGUUGAUUGUUAACACACCCGUACCUUUCUAGUCUUAAGGUUAUUCGUCAGCAUAAUUUUCAGAAGUGAAGAAUGAUGAGUUAAAUUGAAGCAGACGUUCAUCUGGAUGUUCUCCGGGUUGUGUUUUUCAUCUCUUCAAAUGAUUUCCGGCGUUUCAGACAACGUUCCGACAACACGACUUUUAUCUCUAGACCACAUGGCUGUUUAAGUUUGUUUUGUGAAGGAUUUAUCGUUGGCAUCUCGCCUCCAGGAAUAGAAAUGUUUCAUUUGACUGGACAUCACGUGGGUGUAAUAAGGUGCAGUUUCAUCAGCAAGGUCAGCUCCGAUCUCUGACAUCAUCACCGUCAUCAGACGUCUGAUAAAACGAUAUGUCUGUGUUGACUUGCUCAAAAUUAUAGCGAAUCUCUGGCAGCACUAACAUUUAUUUAGCGUUAUGCAAAGUGAGUCAUUUAUGUUUUGUCAAAAAUCACUACGUCGCAUACUUUCGUUUUUUUUUUUCCCUCCAUCAUGGAAUCUGUAUAAAUUUGCUGUACCCCUGAUGAGCAUUACUGUUAUUACAAGUACUAUUCUAAUUAUUAUCGUUAAUUAUAUUAGUGGCAGGCCACUGGGUACCAUUGUAUGUUGAUAACCCAAUGAAAAUCUGUGCAAGAUCAUGAAAAUGUUUAUGAAUUAAAGGAAUAAAAUGAGAA